UUAUUAUUAAUAUCAGCGCUGCUGCUGCUGCUGGGAGACCGAGCUGAUUAUCACAGCUGAAUAUAUGUUACUAUUGCGUUAUUUGUGUAAUAAAAUAUUUAACGUGAUGGUGAAAUCUUAAUAUAGCUACAUGUAUUUCGACGUGUUUUGAAGAUCUUUCGGAGCCCACACGAUGAGCCAUAUCCCCCACAGCCAGUUCCUCCUGGAGCGGCUGAGAAAGCAGCGGGAGCGGGGUUUCCUCUGUGACUGCACCGUCACUAUAGGAGAGGCUAAGUAUGAAGCCCACUAUAAUGUACUGGCUGCUUUCAGCGACUUCUUCUCCACUCAGUCUAUUGAUGUUGGAAAAGGAGAGACCACCAUAACCCUGGACCCAGAACUGGUGACCUGUGCAGUGUUUGAGAAGCUGCUGGAUUAUAUGUACACGGGGAGCUUGACUCUGGAAGGUGGGGAUGAGCUUCCAAGUAUUGAAAAAGCAGCAUCUUACCUCGGGAUUCAAGAGGUGGUGGUUCUUUGUACUCAGCCUCAGAUUGAGGUCCCAAGCAGCCCUGGUGCUGAGAGGGUGGCGAGCGACGUGUAUCCUCACUCUCCGCUGAGCCCCGAUGACUACGAACCACUGGAACCCAUUGAGGAGGUGGAGAAGAGAGAGCAGUUAGAAAACCAACAAGGAAAUAAGGACAGCAGCAUUCAAGAGGCAACUGAUUCAGCUGAGGGGUCGCAGUCAUCCAGUGAACAAACCACAAACAGACAGAGCAUUCAGAAAAGGAAUCGAAAGCCCAAGACUCAUUUUUAUGAGAGGGAUGAAAAAACUCAAAGCCCAAUUUCACCGAGAGGAAGAGGUCGAGGAAGAGGCGGGCAGAGAGGUCGCCCUCGGAUAAGGCCGCUGUCUUGUGACAGGACUGAUUUUGUAGCAACAGUAAAAAGUCCAGCCACAGAGAAGAGUACAGUAACUAGAGGAACGGGAAGGCCCAGAGGCCGUCCACGGAAAAGGCCGUUUCCAUCAGAAAUGGCAGACUCUAUGAGCACUGAGGAAAGCACAACAGUAGCAAAUGAAAACAAUGCAGAGGGCACUACAGAUGAACCACUUGAGUCUACCAAUCCAGAUGGUGAUACUGAGGAAGUAAAAGCAAAUGAAGGAGAGACUGGUGAGACAGAUGUAGACAGGACAACGUUAGAAGCAGAGAAUGCUGAGGAACCUGUGGUCCUGAAACGAGGGAGAGGACGACCACGGACAAGGCCACUUCCUCCAGGAACAGUAAGCCCAGUCAAAAAUGAGGAGGCCUCUACAUUUACACCAAACAAAGAAAAGGAAAAGGAAGGGCCUGUACGUAAGCGAGGAAGGCCACGGGUUAAGCCUCUGCCGUCAGAAACAUCUGUGAACCCUGAAGGAGGUGUGGAGGAGGAGAUUUCCAAAGAGGUUGAGGGAGAUGAUGAGAGAGGCCAGGCAAAGACCUCCUCUUCCGAAGCGCCAGAUAAUGAAAAUUCAAAAGAUGAUGAUUAUGAUGAUGAUGGUCCUAAUGAGACUUCUUCUGAUGUCAGUCCAACUUCAAAGAUAAGGACAAGCAAUAGAAAGAGGAGUCUAAGCAGAAAGUUGAGGGAGAACCAAGCCAACAGUGAAGUAAUCGAAGAGGAAGGUGAGGAUGUAGCCAGAGAGGAAUGGGAUGGAGAACAGGAAGAUAAUACUGGACAAAAUAAGCACCGGCCUAUUUGUAACAUCUGUGGGAACCUGUUCUCAGAAAUGAGCAGCCUGCGCAGACACAUGCGUAUACACAAAGGUAUCAAGCCAUAUCAAUGCCAGCUCUGUGGACGCUGCUUCAGGCAAGGAAACCAACUCAAGACACAUACACGUAUUCACACAGGAGAGAAGCCAUUCCACUGCACCAGUUGUUCUGCAUGCUUUGCCCAGAAAUGCCAGUUAGUCUAUCACUGUCGUAUGCAUCAUGGAGAAGAAAAGCCACACAAGUGUGACGUCUGCCCUGCGUCUUUUGCAACAUCCAGUAAUCUUAAGAUCCAUAUGAGGACGCACAGUGGGGAAAAGCCAUAUGAAUGUAAUGACUGUGGCAAGCGUUUCACCCAGGCGAGCACUUUGAUGUACCACAAGCGGCGACACACAGGGGAGAAGCCGUACGUCUGUGACACAUGUGGCAUGUCCUUCGCUGUUUCCAGCUCCCUAAUCGCACACUCCAGGAAACACACAGGAGUGACACCUUAUAUCUGUUUGGAUUGUGGGAAACCCUGCUUAACAUCUGGGGAACUUAGAAAGCAUAUGGACAUCCAUAACGGAUCAAGAAGAGUGACCUGCAAUAUUUGUGGAAAUACUCUUUCUGAUAUUUAUAGCCUGAAGAAGCACAGAGCUUUAAAACACAAUGCCCCUCCAGAGCAAGACACUGAACCAUUGAAAAAUGAACCAAUACAGUGUCCGAUUAACAUUCCAAUUGACCAUCAAGGUCUCAUAGCACGAGUGCGCUCCGUUUUAGCUGAAUCCCCAGAAGCAAGUUUUCCAGCAGAUUCAGCUCUAGCCACAAUGCCUGCGGAGACAUCAAUGAUCAUCCAACAUGCAGAUGCUACAGGAGCACCAAUGAUCUUCCAACAUCCAGAUGGCUCAGAGACACCAGUGAUCAUCCAACAUGCAGAAGGUGGCGAGGCACAAAUGAUCUCAGGAUCACCAAUGUUCAUUCAACAUGGAGAAUCUUCAGAAGCCUCAGUCAUUAUUCGACAUGCAGAAUCUGCAGAGACACCAAUGAUAAUUCAACAUGCAGAAUCAUCUGAAACCCCAAUGAUAAUUCAACGUUCAGAGGCCACAGGACAACCAAUGAUCAUUCAGCAUUCAGAGGGCACAGGACAGCCGAUGAUAAUCCAGCAUGCAGAAGGCUCAGGACAACCAAUGAUCAUCCAGCAUGCUGAGGGCUCAGGACAACCAAUGAUCAUCCAGCAUGCUGAGGGCUCAGGACAACCAAUGAUCAUCCAGCAUGCAGAGGGCACAGGACAACCAAUGAUAAUCCAGCAUGCAGAGGGCUCAGGACAACCAAUGAUCAUCCAGCAUGCAGAGGGCACUGGUCAGCCGAUGAUCAUCCAACAUGAUGAAAAUUCAGAAACACCAAUGCUUAUCCAGCAUGGAACAGGCUCAGAGCAAGUAAGCUAUGUUGUAGAGCAGUAUGAAAUUCCUGGAUCCUCCGACAUGGAGCAUGCUCAGAUUGUUAUUGUUCAGACUAUUGAUUAAAACAGCAGGCCAUAUUUCUAAAUCAACUUUCUCCACUGGAAAAAAAGGGAAAAAAAUCAUUUUUUAUCACUUAUGUUCCCUGUUGGUGUGAGCAGUAGUUUUAGGGCCACCUAUGUAUUUUCUUCAGUGCUCAGAUGUUUUUCACAGUUUGCAGUGUAAAGAUCUCAUUUUUAUGUUUUGUUGUGUUUGUUUUUUUAAUUGAAACUUUUCAGUACUAAAAGAGAUACUAGAUAUUCUAGUAUAUUCUAGCUAUUUCUCAUCAUGUGUAAAAAGCUGUAACAUGCAGUGUUGUUUUAUAUUUGUAUGAUUUAUACAGUUGCUUGGAAAUUGUAAAGGCUUCUACUGACUGCAAAAAGGAGAUGUGUUGUUUUAAUAAUGUCCUGCAACUUGUUAUUGACAUAUUGCUACUUAAAAGUUAUAGACUUAAUUCAUAUUUGCUUUGUUUUGAGAACAAAAACCUGAUGUAUUAUCAGACACUUGUUGUGACCUUUUUUCCCCUCUCUAGUCUGUUUUUUUUUUUUUUUGGAAAUAUUUUGUUUAGUUGUUUUUAGGGUGCUGAAAUGUAAAGGAUGGACAGCAUAACAUGUUACAUGUGACCUGCCUCUUAAAUGUAAAUUCAUAUUAAAUUGAAUUUGAUAUGCUAA